CUACUUUGAUGGUUUGCUUAUGGGGUUUCUCUUUUGCAUGGCUUGCAGAUGAAGAAACAGGGUGGUACGAUGGACAGAUAUGGGUGAAGACUGCUGAAGUUUUGGCUCGUGACCGGCUUCUCGGUUCAUUUACGGUCAAGCCGGUGCUGAUCAAAUUAAAAUACACUCUAGUAACCCUAGCAGCAUCCUCACUUGUAUGUGUUCUCCCCCUCCUAAGCCUUGAUCAGGGAGGCCAAGAGGGUUCCUACAUGACAUCUAAAGAAACUCAGGCUAGAGCUAUACCGGAGUUUACGAUGACGAUUCUGCAAGAUUGUUUGAGCCUGAUGCAUUCUGUGGUGACCUGAUCUUCCCUAGUUCAGUCCUUGUGUUUCUGGU